GAUUUAGUUCGUCAAGCCCUAUGACCCAUUGACCUUUCGUGCAAUCACCCUAUACUGUGUUACCGUCACAUACGCUGCCUGGCCCGCUGAGUUGCUCCAGCACUGUGUGUGUGUGUUACCCUCCACAUUUAUGCUGCCAGACCCACUGAGUUACUCCAGUAGAGUACUGUAUUCCGCUCCACAGAUGCUGCCCGACCCGCUGGGUUACCCCAACAGUGUCACUCCCGCCGUCGCGCUACCCAGACGCCCCCGCGCCGCAGAAACCCCUCUAUCCCGGCGCCGGGGUCAGCAAGGCGCAUGCGCCGCCCAGGAUCCGGGGCCCGGCUGGCGGCGCGACCCUCGGUUAACAGAAGAGGAAGAUGCCAUGAAUCAGAACAUUUGUCGCCCUGAAAGGAGAUCGUUCCGCCCAGAAUAGAGGCCUCCUGGCAAUGAAUGCUUCAAGUAUGGUUGAUAUAGGCUGCCUUACCUGGUGAUUUGGGUUUGGGGACAGCUCCAUCCAAGACCGCAGGACAUUACAGAGUUCUAGAUGUAGCCCAGAGCAUCACAUAAAGCGACACCCCUUCCAUUGACAUUGUCUACACUUCACACUGCCUUGGCAUUUGACAGAGUGGGCGAUGGAGGAUUCGGGCAGCUUGGACCAAACGAUGGCUCGGGACGGGUCCGGGACGUUGGAUCGGCAGGAAGAGGAGCAUUGCCAGGAAGAGGAUGGGUGGUUCCCAUGCGGGGAAGGUGACCGGGGAGUCACGCAGGCGGACGGACUGGCCGGGCAACCGCGCAGCCCAGGCGGGGAGAAGCCGUGGAAAUGCGGGGACUGCGGGAAGGGCUUCAGCUACCCGUCGCAGCUGGAGAUGCACCGGCGCAGCCACACGGGCGAGAGGCCGUUCACCUGCUCCAUCUGCGGCAAGGGCUUCACCCAGCUGAGCCACCUGCCCCGGCACUACCAGGUCCACUUUGUGGAGAGACUGUUCAACUGCUCCGUGUGCGGCAAGGGCUUCACCCAGUCCUCCAGCCUCCUGACCCACCAGCGGCUCCACACCGGCGAGAGGCCCUUCGUCUGCUCCACCUGCGGAAAGCGCUUCACCCGCUCCUCCCACCUGCUGGCUCACCAGCGGGUCCACACCGGCGAGCGCCCCUUCUCCUGCCCGCUCUGCGGCAAGAGCUUCCGCAGCUCCUCCAACCUCAGCAAGCACCAGCGGGUCCACAAGUGAGCGGCGGCCAUGGAUCCCAUCCGUCCCUGACUGAAGCGAGAUCACUUCACACAACGGCACCUCUACCUUAGUGGGGUGACCAGGAUUAAACCUAAACGACAGCAUUUAGUGCAAGAUAAAGCCCGAUCACUGAUAAGCGAUGAUAGUUCACAUGUCAAAUGUCAGGAUAACCAGGCUGUGGCAAAUAAACCAGCAUUGGAUGCCC